AUACUAGGCUAUUCUUUAAUUUUAGACUGGUAGAACAAUCUGAUGAGGUAUUUUGAACUAUGAUAUCAUCUUACUCGUUAUUUUAGACUGGUAGGACAUUCUGAUGAUGUAUUUAGCAUGAUAAAAUUAUCCUACCUGUUUAUUUUAGACUGGUAACAGUCUGAUUAGGGAUUUUGCACUGUCAAAUCAUACUAGCAGGAUUUUCUGUCGAUGUGGUAGGAUGGAUCGAUAGAUAUAUAUAUCGAUUAAUAUAGCUAUAAUUUUGCGCUACGUUAGGAACAUCUGACAAAGUGGGACCAGGACAAAUCAACAGAACACCGAUCCUGGAUCGGUACAGAGAACUGCUUUCGUCACGUGGUCCGUUAAUCCCUGUCACUGUCCCCGAGGAACGUUUCUGCUGUCACUAGCCAGAAGCACCGAUCACGCUGCGAAAUGGAGGGGCGUGAGUCCAAGGAGCCUGAACAACUCCGAAAGCUGUUUAUUGGAGGACUGAGUUUUGAAACUACGGAGGAGAGCUUACGAGCCCAUUUUGAACAAUGGGGAAAGCUCACAGAUUGCGUGGUGAUGAGGGACCCGAACAACAAGCGCUCGCGAGGGUUUGGCUUCGUGACGUACUCCUGUGGCGAGGAGGUGGAUGCUGCCAUGGGGGCUCGCCCGCACAAGGUGGACGGUCGCGUGGUUGAGCCCAAGAGGGCUGUGUCCAGAGAGGACUCCUCGCGACCUGGCGCCCACCUGACGGUGAAGAAGAUCUUUGUGGGCGGGAUCAGGGAGGACACGGAGGAGUACCACAUACGCGAGUACUUUGAGACGUACGGCACGAUCGACAGCGUUGACAUCAUGGAGGAGCGGCAGACGGGCAAGAAAAGAGGGUUCUGCUUCGUCACGUUCGACGACCACGACACCGUCGAUAAGAUCGUUGCUCAGAAAUACCACACCAUCAACUCCCACAACUGCGAGGUCAGGAAAGCCCUAUCUAAACAGGAAAUGAUGUCAGUGUCAAAUCAGAGAAACAGGGGUGGAGGAUCAGGGGACUACAUGGGCAGAGGUGGAGGUUUUGGGGAUGGCAACUUUGGCAGAGGCAAGUGCCCUGUUUUUCACCAUGGCAACUACAGCAGCCGGGUGGGCGGAGUCGAGCGCUCUGACGGAGCGCGUCCCCCCUGUCUUACAGGAGGCUUCGGCGGAGGGCGCGGCGGCGGCUACGGAGGGGACGGCUACAACGGCUACGGGGGAGACGGUGGGAACUACGGCGGCGGGCCCGGCUACGGGGGCAGCCGAGGGGGCUACGGAGGGGAGCCCGGGUACGGCAACCAGGGAGGAGGAUUCGGAGGAUACGACAACUACAAUGAUGGAGGAAACUUCGGUGGCGGCGGCGGAGGAGGUGGACAUUACAAUGACUUUGGCAAUUACGGUGGGCAGCAGUCCAGCUAUGGACCCAUGAAGGGGAACAAUUUUGGCGGCCGAAACUCCGGAGGUCCUUACGGAGGUGGAUAUGGGUCCGGAGGUGGAGGUGGUGGUGGUGGAGGAGGCUAUGGUGGCUCACGGCGAUAUUGAGUUCUGACGCUGAGGCUUCAGAUCUUAGCAGGAGAGGAGGGGUGAUGGGAGGAAGCAGUGGUCAGGAAAGCUGCAGUUUAACGUUGAGGCAGUCGUCUUGAGAGCAUUAGAGGAACACAGAAGCCAGACACGUUACUCGAGCUAAAAUGGGAGGAGCUAAUGCAAAAAAGGGGACUGUUCUUCAAGCUCAACAGCGAACCAGUGUAGACGUAGUACCUUUCCCACUUUCUGAUAGAUGUUUCCCCAUUUACACAUUUUCUCUUUUGUGUAUAUGAAGUGUGUGUGUAUUGUGCCUGUGGUAUCGGGAGUAAAAACAUUUAUUUUUUAUUUUUUACUCUGCAGUCAGUUUUGAAUGAUGCGUUAUGUUGCUGUAGAUGUAUUAGAUUUAGAUCUGAAGUCUUUUCAUCUUUGUCACUGAAGAAUUUGGUCAAAACAUCCCAGGCAUUGUAGGCUCAUCUAUUAGCUUUAGCCAUUUUUAUUUGAAGUUAUUAUGAUUGCUUGUUUCUCAGUGUCAUGUGUAUUUUGAUUUUGUAUUUGAAGAACAGCAUGUAAUUCAUAGUAUUAGUGUAACAAGCAAUUUUAAGCAGACUGGACAUUAAUUAAGGGAAUGUUUGACACUACUUGUACACAGUAAACAGAAAUCUAGAUUGUUUAAAUAUUUUGAGAAGUGAAAAAAAAAAAAAAAAACAGAUUAAAUAAAAUUUGUUUAGUAAAGUA